AUGGCCAGAACCAGAGAAGAGGCGACAUCUGCCUCUGCAGACGCACCUGCCCGAAGGGCAUCCCGCGCCAGCGCUGAUGGCGUGAGCAAACCAGAGGCCGGUGGUCGAGCACGUGGAAGACCCCGAUCAGAUAAACCACCAAAGGAGCCUACUGGUCGGCCGCGUGGAAGACCGAGGCUAAAUAAGCCGCCAAAGGAACCUAGUGGACGUCCAAGAGGCCGCCCCAAGGGUAGCGGCAAGAAGCCCGGGGAGAAGAAAACGCCAACCAAGACAACGGCUGCGGGAGCCGGAUCACGCGGUCGCCCACGCAAGCUUGGGGGAGAGGCGGCCGCACUGGCGAAGACUCCAACUCCCAAGUCUAAGAAGGGACGGGGCCGGCCAAGAAAAUCAGGCGACGCGACACUUGUUGCCGAAGCCGAGACGGUCGAGGAGGCGAAGCACGCGGCAGAGGAGCUGGAGGCAGCAGCGGAGGAGGGCAUGGACGUGGACGCGCCGGAGGCCGGGAUCAGAGGAGACGCUGAGGACGUCGAGGACUCCGAAGAUGCUGAAGGCGAUGACGAAGCUCUCGACAGUGAGUAG